CACUUCUCAAUUAGACCAACGCCAAAGAAACCCAAAAAAUUAAGUUGAGCAAAGCAAACCAUUAUAGGCAAAAGCCAAAAUGCAAUCAAGAUUAGCAGGCACAGCAGUAAGGUGGUCUUGGGUUUUAUCUCAAGCCAACAAAAAACAAGCUCUCCGUAGAGGACUUGCCUCGGCCUUGGCUGGUCGCACUGCUGACCCUGCCAUUCACUCCGGUGAGGUUGAAGCUGGCCCUGCUGUCCAUUAUAGAAAGCCCGAAGGCCAAGGAAACGUGGUGGAUGCUGAUACUGAGAAUCAAGAAAUAGAACUCAAACCCAGUAAAGAAACGGGACCAUUAGUGCCUCCUGGAACGCCUUAUAGUUAUAGUUCUCCGCCGAGGCUAGAGAGCACUGGUUUGAGCCAAGCCUCGAACCCCAUCACUCAGCAAAAGCGUAGCCAUGCAACGAGCCUAGAAGAAGUGAGUUGUGCAGGGCUUGACGGCACACCAUGGCCAGAGGAAAAAGAAAAAGAGCAGAGUGACAGAGAGAGACAAGCUGAAGAUGACAGAGAAUACUACAAGCAUCACAAGGCCUCGCCUUUGUCAGAGAUCAAAAUGGUUGAUACAAGAAAGCCUAUUACAAGGGUAACUGAUGCUUCGAAAUUUGAGGUUGGGGGAGAGGUGAUUGGGUGGAGGCCGGAGCAGCUUGACACGGCGGAGGAGGCGCUUAAGAGAGCCGUUCAGAUUUGGAGGCAGAAUGCUAUGCGUGGAGACCCGGAUCUUCCACACGGACGGGUUCUUAGAGAGCUUCGUGGUGAAUGGUUUUGAGGUGUUGUACUAAACAAAAUGGCUUUUGUAAUUUUAGAAAGCCAA